UCGGGGAGGGGGCGGCCCCUUCCUCGGGAGGCGCCCAGGUGGCACGUCGGUGCCUCAGCUCCUGGGGUCUCUGGGCUCCGCGCUGCCCGUGGGAUGCAGAGGGGCCUCUGGAGGGGGCGGGUUCUCUCGAGCCAGAAAGCCCGGAGCCGCCCAGGAAUUUUGGCUCGAACUGAGAGCACUUCCUCCCGGGCCGGCCGGGCGCGAUCCGGGAAGGGCGGCUGCGGGCAGACGCGGCGCUGCGCUCUGCCGGGCCGGCACCAUGCGGCCCCUGCUCUGCGCGCUGGCCGGGCUGGCCCUGCUCCGCGCCGCGGGCUCUUUGGCCGCUGCAGAACCCUUCAGCCCUCCACGAGGAGAUUCAGCUCAGAGCACAGUGUGUGACAGACAUAUGGCUGUGCAACGCCGUCUAGAUGUCAUGGAGGAGAUGGUAGAGAAGACCGUGGAUCACCUGGGGACAGAGGUAAAAGGCCUGCUGGGCCUGCUGGAGGAGCUGGCCUGGAACCUGCCCCCGGGACCCUUCAGCCCCGCUCCCGACCUCCUCGGAGAAGAUGGCUUCUGAGCCCCGGAGCUGGAGCCCAGCAGCUGGAGGUGGUGCACCUGCCAGGCAGCACCCACAGAGCCAGCCCUGUCCUCUCGCCGUCCUUCCUCAGCUUCAUGUGAAAUAAAAACUAUUCUUUUGGUCUCC